AAGGCUGAUGCAUCAGUUAAGGAACUUCACUCAAAGAGAUCACCACAAGAUCACAACAAAAACUAACAAUGAAGACAGUUUGUGCAUUCGUUUGCUUGCUCGUGGCCGUAGCGGCCCAAGAGUUUAUACAUCCCGAAGAAUUGGAAGCCCUGUCCUGGUAUCAGAGUCCAGAGCAUCUCAGGUACCGGCGGCAGUUGAAAGCAGACCCGAAGACUGGUGACGUCACCUACACCCACAAGACUUCCGAUAGCGGUCAACUCUUCGGUACCCUGGGAUCAAGAGGAGACGCCGCUUUUGGUAAAGCUGGUUAUAAGCAAAACAUUUUUGAUGAUAACCGUGGUAAAUUGGACGCGACUGGCUAUGGCUCCCAUGUGAUCAGUCCCUAUGGCUCUUCAAACCACUUGGGUGGUCGUGUGGACUAUACUGGUGAUCAUACGAAGGCGUCUCUCGAUGUGAGCAAGCAGUUGCACGGCAUGACAUCGCUGGAAGCGGCUGCGGGAGCCAGGUGGCCCAUCGGGAAGAAUGGAGACAUCAGUCUUGAAGGCACUUACAAUAGAAUGGGCCCCUUCCAGGAUUAUGGCGCGAGGGCUGGUCUUAACUACAGGUUUUAGGUGACUUUGUAAAAUAAUAAUUUUUAUUACAAUUUGUGUGUAAGUAUUAUGUACAUCAGAUUUUCUUGUAUAGGUAUAUAUUUCUAUAAAUCUUUGAUUCUGGUCAUAUUUUAUGUUUAAUUAAAUUAAUAAAAGGUUGUCAUCAUUAAA